GGUUUUUACUUUAUUUCGAGCUGAAGUUCUUUAGAAUCCCAUGUCCAUAAACGUUGUUUGAUCACAAAAUUUGUUUGCAGUUUCUUCAUUGCAGAAGAUAGAUAUUCAUCAAGAAUCUAUCAGUGAAGAAUCAAGAAGUUUCCCCUCGACCAGAGUCUUCUAUUAGACAGACACAUACAGCAUAGGUCAUGGAUCUUCCAUUAUCCAAGGAAAGUCUCACAAAGACUACACGACAAGUUCCGAAGUCGACAACUCCAGACGAAGAGAUUAAUCCUAAUAUGAAUACAUCUCACUCUGCAUCGACAUCAUCACCCAAUCAAGCCAUGAAUUGCACAUUAAAGACCACAUCUUGUCAUUCUCCAGUCAAAGUUAAAGAAUUUAAGAGCGCCCUCCUAAGAAUUAUUCCACAAGAAAUUCGAGAUAUGAUUUACUCAUACCUCCUAGUCAGCCCAGUUUUAGGGCUAGCCGCUUCAGUCUCGUCGGAAACCAACUAUGGCAGUACUCAACAGUACAACUUAGACAUUGCAAUCCUUUAUGUGUGUAAGCAAACGUACCAGGAAGGCAUGCCCAUCUUGUAUGAAAACCCUAUUUUCAUAGAUUGCAGCAACAGUCCAGGUGAUUGGGAUUUCACAGAUGGCGUCUAUGAUGAUGGUUGUUUGGAAGAUGAAGAAGACCAACAAAAUGGAAUUACGGAGCCAUAUAUCAUCAAUCUCUGCCCAUUAACCCGAUACACGAAUUGCCAACCCAAAAACCAUCAAGAUAAGCCAUUGUUUCGCAAUACUCCCAACAUUGAGAAUGUAAAGACUUGGAACAUCCUUCUGAACUCUUUCGACCACAAUGAUUUGGGUCUCUGCAGGAAACCACUCAGCUCGAACGCUUUUGCUGAGUUCUGUGUUUCCGUGUAUUCAUACCCGAAUAUCUCCCUAAACAUCUCAGUCUUGCCUAUCGAUUUCCAUAAAAUGCAAACUAGAACAGAAGCAGGGCCAUUUCAACUAGACGAAGACUUGUUCAACAAUCUGCUACCAUUAAAGAUUCUGCGAAGUAUCAAGGGACUUAGGUUCAAGAGUGCUGAGCUCCCUGAAAUUCCGGACUACUGCUGUAGCAAAGAACCCAAUAUGCAGAGAUUUCUCGAGGGCUUGAGUACAAGCGAGUUACCUUCGCCACCGGAGCUCAUUACAGAGUACGUCGAGCUUACAAGUGGUUCAACUCCUGUUGUUGAAUGUAUAGGUCUCAUUGGGGACAGAUUGAAGGAGUAUUUCUGGUUGUUCCAUCGAGCCGAAUUUGUAGUGAUUGAAAGAGAGUUUGCUGGCCGUCGACGUAGCAUCCGAGUCCAUGACAUUUCUAUCCGUCCGCCUGAGAGAAUCAAUGGUGGUGGGCUGGUAAUCCAAAAAGAUGAAGGAAGAUUUGACGAUUGCGCAGAGAUAGUACUUGGAGUUGGCAAGGAUUAUUAUCUUGAACACACUGAAACCGCCGAGGAAGUUCUCCGUUUCAAGCGGUACCGCGCAGAGUUACUUAAAGUCUUAGAGCCUGACUACCAAAAUGUUCGUGCUUGUUCUAUCAAAUUUCGAGAGUUUCUUCAAAGCGAAAGUGGUCCAGCUGGCAUUUUCGUAGUUGGGCCUUCCAGAGCUACUGAUCAACUAGGCUACUGGACCAGAGUGACGAGAGCCAUGGAAAUAUUAGAGGAAUACGAAUAUUCAUUUGCGAGGGGGAAGACAGAAGAGCUACAGCUUUCUUUGAGAGAGAGAAACAAGUAUUUCGUGUUGUCGUAUGACUCUUUUGAGUCAGGAAUGGUCAUGAAGAAGAUAGCUUGGGCAUACGAAAGGAGGGCAUGGAAAAAACUCAUCAUUUAUUACAAAAUCGCCAUUAGACGCAUGGAAAAACAUUAUUUCAAACUACGAUGGUGCCGAGCAGAUCUGUUCAAAUGGGAUGUUCUAGACAGAGGCUCUGAUCUGGACACUCAUUUCGAUGUACUGGAGGCAAUUAUUUGGCCAAAGCGGGAGGACAAUGGAGAGCUCGACCAGAAGUAUUUUUUAGAGCCUUUACAGGGUGAGACAAGUGACGAAGAGCUCGAGGAUACUAUAAGCUUUUGUAGAAGUGGUGAUAAUGUCGAUGUUGACGAUGAUGACGCUGAUGAAGAUGAUGAUGCUAGGUAGUUUGACGAUAGCGAAGAUUGAUGUCAUCCAAGUAGAUUGCUGACUUUGUGGAAGCUCUUGUUAGCUAUUCAUCUAGCACUAUAAUCAAUUGUCUCAAUUCUGCUCUAGCUAACUAGCUAUUACCUAGUGUCAUCAUCCAAUCCAUUUCUGGUCAAAUGGAUGUAGGACACCAGUUUUCAUUGAUGGCGAUAUUGGAAUCCCAGAUGCUCCAGGACUACCGAAGAGACUGCUUUUUAGUUCUACUUAGGUACUCAAGUACAAAAAUAGUUUCAAAACGAGAUCA